GCAAAAUUUCUGUCCAUUCAAAAACAAUGAUUUUCCAAAAUUUCUGUUAAUAAAACUAUUUAAUUGAAAAAAUAUAAGUAUUUUAAAUGUUUUUGAGUUACAUUUUCUAAAUAAGAUGUUAGGAAACCUUCGCAUAUAUCCGCAUGUAAAACACUGGAACUGUGUAAUAGCUGUAAGCAAUCAACGUUCCGGCCAAAUACUAAACAAUAUAGUAGAGUAUCAAAAGCGAACCUGUUCGAAAGGCCCUCCAUGCAAGUGUAAAGACGGGAAACCGCUCCCAGCGGUUUGCCCUGAUCAGAAGAUCCCCGAAUGCUGCAAGGACGAGGAGUUUUUCAAGUACCAAAUGCGCGGCAAGGACCGUUUAGAAAAAUGGCCUAAGCCGGAAAUGCCACACGGCAAUUGGCAUUUUGAUUGCCCUCAGACACCGCAACCUACCAAUUAUGACCCUUACAGGAUCAAGACUCCAGAUAUUUUAGUUCCUCCUUUGCCGAAAAGCAAUGCCAAGCCCAUGCUAGUAUGCGCGAAGCAACGUGGUGCGUGUGUCCCGAGCAAAGCGCCCGAUCCGCCCGAAUGCCCGAAGCCGCCGAAGAAACCCAUCUCAUUCUUAUACCCGCUUCUUCUAUUAGCCUUUUGCUCAUUUAUUGGCCUGGAACAGCAUGUUACGACCGGAAUUGCGGCAUUGAUCAGAGCUAUUAGCAACAAGGAAUGGUUCCCGCCGCCCGAUGAAGACUUUGUUCCACCUCACAUCGUGCACCUGUACAAAAACAAGGGUAUACUUUCGGGUAUACUGCCAGAAUAUCUUGGCGAGUGGGCCGCCGAGAAAGUUAGAUGUGAAAACGUUACUAUGAGACCUAGCGUUCAAGUGUAUGAUGCUUUUAUGUCGCCUGACGGUGACGACAAACUAGAGCUAACGCUGUCUGACGGCAGCAGCCUCAAGACUGACUAUGUGUUCGUGGCAGUUGGCGCGGAACCUCGGACAGACAUAGCCCUUCCCUCGUAUCUGGAGGUCGACCAUGUCAACGGAGGGUAUUUGGUCAAUACAGAGUUAGAGGCCCGUAAAGACCUUUACGUUGCCGGCGACGCAGCAAGCGUAUAUUCACAGUGGAAAGACACGCGGAUCCGAAUGGAUCAUUAUCACACAGCGGAGCAGCAAGGGAUCAUCGCAGGCGCUAACAUGACCGGUUUCUGGACGCCCUGUAACAUAGAACCGCACUUCUGGCUCAGGCUCAAAGAUGACAUACAAAUGGAGGUGGUGGGCGAGGUGGGCGCGUGCAUGCCGACAAUCGGGAUCUUCAAGCCGUGCGAUAACGACCCACUCGGGCGCAAGUAUGAGCUCAAGAUCGGCGAAUUCGACAAACCUUGCUACAAAGACACCGAGGAGUACAGAAACAGAUAUAAACGCGGCAUGUUGUUUUACCUGCGCGACGAGGUCGUCGUCGGCAUGUUAUUCUGGAACUUCCCGCCCAUCGAAGACCGAUACGAAGUCUGCACAGAAAUGUUGCGAGCGAGGCCAACGUACAAAGAUAUCAAUGUGCUGGCGGAGCUGUUGGGCUUCGAGGGUUUGCAAUGUGUCUACAUCCCAGAAACAGAGAUAAAGCCUCCUUCACCGUGUAUCAAAAAUUCAAAAUGGAUGCCGUACCCGGAGUACGAUAAAAUACGCGAGCUUUCCAAUUUCGAAUUCUACAAAGGGCCGCUCAAAAUGCCUUCGGAUUCAGAAGUCGAGGAAAAUUCGCCGAAACAAAAUGCCGUAUAGGGUUUGCCGAAAGAAAACAACAGCAUUAACCGCCGUUAAUUCAGCAAAUUGACCUGUAUUGUGAACGUAAUUAGUAGUGAAAUUAAACAAUUGUGUUGUAUUUUGUAUUUGUAAAGCGCUACAUAUUAGCUGAUGAAAUAUUCGCGUUAAAAAGUUUCAAAUUGUACUCUACAAACCUCAUUGUUCCGACCAAAUGUUACUUUUGUGAAUAAAUACUAUUUAUUACGCAAGGAAUGUACCACCAAAUCAGCGGCGUGAGUGUUGAAAUUAAAAACAGCAGGCCCGCAGCCGCG